UCUGCUGGCAAAGCCCCGGCCUCCACCGCUUCCAAACUUCCAAGGCCCUGCCGAAUUGACAGAUGGCGCAAAGGCAGCCAAGAAGACAUGCUGGCUGAUGGAGAAGAAGAAGCGAGAGAUACAAGUGAGGAAAGUUACUCCUCUUACAUCUACAAGGGUGUCCACCCUGACACUGGUAUCUCCAAAAAGGCAAUGGCUAUCCUUAAAAGCUUCGUGAACAAUAUCUUCAAACACAUUGCUACUGAACCUUCCAGUACAUGCCAUGUAGGUCUUCGUCUCUCGCAUUCUGUAUUUAUGUUAAUUACCUCCAUCAAUUUUGUAUUACAGGAUCAAAUCAAGUCUUGA